UUCCCCAUCUGCAGCAACGGCGAUGGCGCCGGCGACUGCACCACCCCGAGCCCCCGAUCUCUAGCUAGCCACCGAUUUUGAGCCCGAUCUCCAUGCGCCAACUCCAUCUUCUUCCAUGGACGGGGAGAUCCCUGCCAAGCGACCCAAACCCUCAGAUGGUGGCGACAGCGGUAGCGAGGACCGCCUCAGCGACCUUCCUGAAGACCUUCUUCUCCGCAUCCUUGACAACAUCCGCGACGUCCCCGUCGCCGUGCGGACCAGCGUCCUCUCCAGCCGCUGGCGCCGCCUCUGGAGGCUGCUCCCGGUGCUCAACUUCCCCUUCCCCACUGACCCACAGCACAUACGCCUUGCCCUCCAAUCCCAUGAAGCUCCGGUCAUCUGGAUCCUCCAAGCCGUCGUCCUGGAUGGCAACCCCGAUUCCAUGGCGCCCUGGCUCCUCAUCGCCGCGCCCCGCCUCUUCGGCCGUCUGUCCCUCACCAGCAGGGCGUCACAGAACGGAUCAGAGGAGGACAUGGCUGACGAGAGAGGAGCCUUUGAGCUUCCCUGCUUCCAGAACGCCGCCUCGAUCCGCCUCGAACUAGGGCCUCUUGGGGUCUCCAUGCCACCAUUGGGCGUAUUCGCAAGGCUCAACGACCUCUCCCUGGUUUGCGUCCAGCUACAUGGUCCGUGCAUGCUCGGUGACCUUGUCUCCUCGCCACGCUGCCCGGUCUUACGGAAACUCAUCAUCAAAGAGGCCUCGGGUCUAGGCAACCUUGCAAUCCACUCUGAUUCGCUCAUAGCAAUCAGCCUAAAGGAUGUGCAUUUGCACCCAGCCGAUGCCCUUGGUCCGGGCCAGGUCACCAUUGAGUCCAACUCUCUCUUGCAAAUGGAGCUAAUGAGUGUGCAUUCCUUGCAGCAGCUCACUAUUACGGCUGCAGCACUCAAAUGUAUUUAUGUGGACUCUUGCUUUGCAAACUACCGUGCUAGAGCUUCGAGGCAUAAUCAACCGGUUGCAAACAUCUACGCUCCUCGGCUCAAGUCUCUCUAUUGGCAUGAUGCCUAUGACCCAAGCUCCACGCAGUUUGGCAACAUAGAAAAUCUCGAGACGCUGGGUGCAUACCUUUUUCAGGUAUAUGGAAGAGAUAACUAUGCUCCAAAUAACUACAUUCUGAGGCUUCUAAGGCGCUUUCAGCUCAUCCUCAGUCUCAGAUUCUUGCUUCUCUAUCAGCCGGACAUUACCGACCAGCAGUUCUUGAUGGAAGACAUGGCAAGGCUCCCGAAUAUUGCACGCAUGUCCCUGGGUAUAUGUCCCCAAGGACAUUCCUUUGGAGCGAGUGUGUUUCAUCUUCUCAGGAUGUCUACUGGUUUGAAAACACUGUGGCUUGCACUUGUCGGUUCAACUAGCCACCCAGAGGUACAACCUGUGUGCCCAUCAGGUUGUAGUUGUGAUCAUCCAUCAAAUUGGAAAACUGAGGAACUUGCGCUGAAUCUCCUCGAAGAAGUAGAAAUCCAUGAUAUUAGAGGAACUGAACAUGAAGCUGCUCUUAUCAAACGGUUAUUCGAUUGGGCAACAGUGCUAAAAAAGAUGACAGUAACUUUUCACCGCUCAGUCAAUGAAAGCGAGGCCAAGGAGUUCUUCCAGAUGCUUCAAAGCUUUUCUAGGCCAGAAAUAUGUAUGAAGGGGCCCUGCUUUGCCUAAUGUAGCCUCAGCAACGUUAGCUAAGAACCAAUCCUUCCGGAAACUUAACUCCUACCGCUGCUUCUCUAAGAACACAUAGCAUGUUCCAGAAGACUAAACUUAUGCUGUGAUCGUUCUGUAGCUGGCGUAUCUCAUCUCAGUAUCAAUUGCAAACUGUGUGUAAAUCAGAGUCUGAUAGAUCAGGCUGUACCCGAUGCACUCUUUGCGACAGCCUUAUUUAU